AUAAUUGUUCACGUAUUUGGUAUGAAUACAAUGCAUGCUGGAUACCAGUCCAGAGUCCUAAAAUAAUUUCUUUAUGGGUAGAUCUUUUGCAUGCAUGAAGUCCCACUGACUUCACGUUCUCCACACAUAGUGCUAAACAGAAGAUUAGUAUCUUUGAAUUUUAGCAGCUUUGUACUAGAUAAUCAAGGAGAUUGUUUGCAUUCAGCUAUUCAAUAGAGUUUAACCAAAACUAUUCAUUCGAAAGGUUAAAUAUACAUAGUAGAGCUCAGAGUACAACUUUUCAGGGCACAGAGAUGUUUUAAUUACAUUAUUAGAGAUCAAAAGUAGCUAAUUCUUUUGUUGCUCAACAAUUCUUUAGCGCCAUAUUUGAAAUGAACUAGCAGUUUUCUUAAUGGACAGGGUUUCAUCACAGUAAAAUCACUUUUUGGAAUUGAUGGUCUCAGAAGAAUAGACGGAGGGCUGAGUAAGGUCCUGACCCAGGAGCCAAACCCAUGCAGACAGACUCCUACACCUGCACAGGCUUCCACUGAAGAAUCACCACCAAGCUGGAACAAACAAGUAAAAGCAUUGACUCAAGUGCCCACAUGAUCACCACUGCCAGGGUACCUGCUGAUAAGCCAGUACGAAUUGCCUUCAGCCUCAGUGAUUCCCCAGAUGAUGCUUCCCCUGAAAACUUCUCUUUGGCAUUUCCAGAACUAGAUCAGCAGCUGCAGCCUCUGCCUCCUUGUCAUGACUCUAAGGAAUCUAUGCAGGUGUAUAAACAGCACUGCAAAAUAGCAGAAGAGUACAAUGAGGUCAAGAAAGAAAUUGCCCUGCUGGAAGAAAGAAAAAAAGAGCUGAUUGCCAGACUGGAACAAGUGGAAAAAGAAAGCAUGGAUGCUGCUCAGCUGGCUAAGGAGUAUGCAGAACUGACAGAGGAGAACCGAACACUGAAGCUGGCCCAGACGCAGUGCGUGGAGCAACUGGAAAAGCUCAGAAUACAGUACCAAAAAAGACAGGGUUCCUCAUAACUCCCAACUAGCUCAUGUGAGGCAGUUCAUACAGGAUUGUUCCUGUGUUGGAAAGAGAUUUUAAAAUAAAGAUCUGUUUAAUAUGUUGCAACACUUUACUACAGAUACAGAGUAUGUAGAAGUCUAUAUUUGAUUUAAUGCUUGCCACCCAGUAGCUUAAUAUAAUGGAUAUUUCAUCCAUUAUAUAAUGGAUGCUUUAUUUCAAGUAAUGUAAUUGAAGUUAAUCUAUCCCCAUUAUAUGUUCUAGUGGAUCAGGUUUCUUUUCUAAACAUAUUUCUUCCAAUUUAAGAAGAUAUGGACACACUAGAAAAUUAUAUAAAUAGUCUCUGUGCUGGAAAUUUGGAUCAUACUAAGGCAUACAGCAGGGACAAUAUUAAUAUAUGGAAUAGAUGCAUGUUAAUUUUAGUUUGGUGAACUCUUUUUAAAUUAUUUUUCCUCAUGCCUAAAGUGUUUGGAAGUUAUCUUGAAGCAGAUCUCCUCACUGGUAAAAAUUAUAUUUCAUGUCAAUUUCACACUGUUGUAUAAAAUCUGAGAAAUUUCACAUUUAAAGUUGAAGUAACAAAAUCAUUUUUUAUCAAAUAAAUGCACUGCCAGUGAUAAUUUGCAAGUUAUAAAAUUAAAAGCAAACAUAUGAGAUCAAACUUACCUUCCUCAAGUGUAAAGAUUACUUGAGAGCCUUUUUGUUGUACUUUUGGCAUGCAAGGAAUGAAAAAUUAUUGUAAGAAUUAUAGUUUCAUCAUAGUUUCAACUGAGACUAUGUCAGUAAAAUUGUUAUGAGGAUCUUUUGUUCUUAUUUUCUGGUCUGUUUUGAAACAUAAGUGGCUGUAAGUAUGGACAGGAGUUCCAUGAUACACAAAUAACCGGGAAGUAAAAUGUCAGUUUUACUUGCUCUAUUUAUCCCUUUAUUUUCUUAGAUCAACUGAAAAAUCUUUGUUAUACUUCAAUUUCUAUUCAUACAGCAGUUUUUCAUUAAAAGUUGAUGUAGAAAAGCC